GCCGCCUGCUUCGGGACAGGUUGAUCUCCUUUCUGGCUUGGGCUCGUGUUUCGGCGUCCCCCCCCCGCUGCCGGCGCUGGUGCGGCCGACGGUUCUGCCGCCUCCUCCCCGCCGCCCUCCGUCCUUCCGCAGCGGGUCGUGCCGCGGGGCUGCGGCAGCGCCCGGGGCUGCGGGAGCGCCCGGGACCGGCGGCGACGGGUCGGUCUCGUCCCUGCUCUGCCAGCCCCGCGGGUGUCCGGCGGGGUCGUGGCGGUGUUAUCGCAGGCCCCUCGCACCGGCUUGGGUGGGGUGUGUGCUGCUGCCCGCCGUGCCUAAACGUGCCCUUCGGCUGGAUAACCGUGUGCCAGAGCUGUGAUGCCGUGUCCUUGAACGAGCUCCCUGAAGAUGUCUGGCUCGUAUUGCUUCAGACUGUCUGGACACUUGCUGUUUAACUGCUGAAGCUUUCAUACCAUUUGUUUUUCUUCUGAAGCCUUAAUCUAUUGAGGGUUCAGAAUUGGCUGCUAUGGCAUCAAGACCAACUAAAACAUGAGAUGUAAUCAAGAUGAUCCAGCAAGAAGAUUUUUCACUUCACAGAAAUCUUAUUUUUGUUUAAUAUGUAAUAUAAUUUGACAAAACUAAGUUCAACUACUCAUCUUGAAAUUAAGACGCACCUGUGGCCUUCAUCAGAAAUGUUUCUAACAUUUUCAAGAAAAAAUAUGUCCCAGAAACUGAGUAUGUUUUUACUAGUUUUUGGAAUCAUUUGGGGUUUGAUGUUGCUACGCUACACUUUUCAGUAUCCAAGACGCCAAAGCAGUGCCGAGUUGCGUGGACAGAUAUUAGAUCUAAGUAAAAGAUAUGUCAAAGCACUGGCAGAAGAAAAUAAAAAUUUAAUGAAUGGUGGUGGUGGAGCCUCUAUGGCAGGAUAUGCUGAUCUUAAGAGAACAAUUGCUGUUCUUCUGGAUGACAUCUUACAACGCCUCGUGAAAUUGGAAAACAAAGUUGAUUACAUCGUUGUGAAUGGCUCAGCAACCAAUACCACUAAUGGAACUAGCAAUCAGGUGUCAGUAACUUCAAAUAAACGUGUAAAACCAGCAAGCAACAUUAGAUAGCAAACAGGGCCACUUUGUGUUGCUACAUCUAUGAUAUGUAAUAAGCUUUUUAUCUCUGGCUAGGGCAAAGCAGUAGUUGAAUCUAAAAAAAGCAUAAACUAUUAUAUUAUACAAUGUGCUGGAUCUAUGUAGGCCUAACUAAUGUGCACAGGUUUUCAAAGCAUUAUUUCAUUGCCUUUGAGCAGUACUUCUGAAGUGAUCUUUGUUGUCUUUUAAGAUAUUUUCAUAUCAUUUGUUGUAGUAUGCCAUUGGAUAAUAACAGCAAAUGGAAAGCAAUGGGGAACUUAUAGGUAGGUUUCUAAAUAUAUUUAUUUAAGUAUAGAUAUAUCGUUUGGAUAGGUGAGCAGUAUUGUAGCUUUUUCCUUUUUCGUGAUCUGCGUUAAGCUGAGGUAGCUGAGGAAAACAUAUUGUUAAACAAAUGUUAGAAAAUGUAUAUACUUAAAAUAUUUUGUUACUCAUUUACUAAAACAUUAUGAAAUUGAGGAUAUCAUUGGCGGUAAUAUUUUUAAAUUGUGACCCAAAGAAUGUCUUCAUUUGCACUAUCUGUCAGAAUAGCUAGAGAGAAUUUACUGUAUAUUUAAGAAAAUUAAUUAUAAUAGGAAAACAUCCUAGGUAGUAACACUGUCCAGGUAUAUCUUUAUGCCAGAGUUAGGGCAGUUAGAGUAUCAGAAGCAAAUCAUAAUCUGUGAUAUCUUAGAUGAUUAUUUCUUACAAAGAUAUUUAAGUGUAUGUAUUUUGUAAUUGCAGAUAAAAUUAUUUAAGUAAUGGAAAUAAGUUUUGGAUAUGUGAGUACUGUUUAUUCAUUGCUGUUUCUUUUUAACUUUCUAGUACCUUGCAUUUUGUGAUGAUUAUAGCACACCAUCUCCCUAAAUUGCCUUUUUGAUUAGGAGGAAAAGCAAUGAAGGGAGACAAGGCAUCUCUGUGUUUAACAGAGAUACAUCUAUAUACUAAGGGUGUCUUAUAAUGGAAUAUUUGAGAGCUAAGGUGAUGUUUGCCUUAUGUCUAAGUUAGCCUUACAGCAAAGUGAAUUGCAGUGUGGCUGCACUGUAUUUCAAAAUGUUACUGAAGUCAUAUUAAAGAAAGUGCCACUGAGCCUGUUUUUUAAAAUGUACUGAAUGUUUGGGGGGGCGGGUAGGGAGGGUGUGUUCAGGGACUUUUGCCAGAAAUGUGCUGUGAGUGGUUUUUUGGGGGUGGAUGUGUGUGGUCUAAGCCUGUAUUAAGGAAAAAACAAACAAACAAACAAACAAAAAAAAAAACAAAACAAAAACAAAAAAACACCACCACCACCA